CUGUCACCGCUGUAUCUGGACAAGGCGGUCUCGCAUCCAGUUGUAUUCUAACGUGCUGUAUUAAAGCGUAUCAGGCGCAAGACUCGACACGAUCAUCUGGCAACUGAAAGUCUCGCCUAACUCUCAGUCGUAAAGGUUGUCAAGUCAGAGCCAGCUGACUCACGAAACUGCGUUGCUGUCUGUUGCUAAGAAGAGGGGCGCUCGCCGCAUCUGUUGCCUGGGUGAAUUCAUUAACACGUUAGCAUCCAGCUAGGUAGCAAUAUUUCUAGGUCUCAGUCUUUACAACAAGCUUGUAAAUUGAGAAUGACGAAUGUCAUCUAUUGCUUCUGGUCGACAGCACUUGACAUAACUCGUCACUAAAUUGUAAAUUACCCCCCGAAAAGAAGACGGACCUUAAAAAUGUAGACAUUGGUUACAUGUAAGGUUAAAGCGCUAACUGAAGCUAGCACACUAGCUUCAUGAAAAUACAACUGUUUUAUAUGCGGCUACUGCAAAACGUAGCUGCACUGGUAGCUAACAUGAACGGUUUGUUUUCCAUUAAGCCUGAAGUUCGAAAUGAAUAAAAUGAUUGUACUGCAUUCGAUCGAGAGCUAGAAAGCCGACACGACAAUGGAGUCUUUCCUGCAGAUAGCUCCCCAUUCUUUGGCUAUAGUGCUGUCCAGUGUCGGGGCUGGGGAGGCGUUAGGGGCAGCCAGGGUGUCGGAGAGUGAUGAGCUACCGAGACACCACACCGGCUAUGAGAUAUUUGCCGAUUUCAAAGCAGAAAAUACCCAGCACCAUGUAUGGAACCAGCGUAUUACAGAGGCUGUGUCCGAGACUUUCUUCCUGGGAUGGAUUGACGAGCAUGUACUGUUGAUACAAGGCAAGGAAGACCACCUGGAGGUGCUGAGGGAGGGAUGGAUGCGGAGGUCUCUUAAUCCGCCUCGGGGAUUCACCAUUAAAUACCUAGGUGAUGUGUCACCCAUCAGUAUGUCCCCCAUCAGCCAAUCACAGUUCAUCCCUUUGGGAGAGGUUUUGUUAUUGGCUAUCUCUGCUAUGAACUCUGCCCAUAAGCCUGUCACUCAGGAGGCCUUAACUGAACACGUACAAACAUGUUUUCCAGGUGUACCGACACCAACGGAGGAGGUUUUGCACCACACUCUAAGCAUGCUGGUCCGUGAGCGGAAGAUCUACCCAACACCUGAUGGAUAUUUUAUUGUUACCCCUCAAACCUAUUUCAUUACUCCAAGCCUAAUCAGAACUAACUCUAAGUGGUAUCACUUGGAAGAGCGUCCCACUGACCGACACCAACAUCAGAACCAACAGCAAAAUCAGCAGACACAGUGCACCUCCCCUCUCUCUGGCACCAUAACCCCUUCCACCUCUGGGGGUGUGCGAGAACGAACACACCCAAAGUCUAACCAAAACCACAGUGGGGGAGGUGGGGAUUCUUUUCACAAUAACAGUUACCGUGGGGACGACCCCCCUAGCCACCAUACUACCCUGCAGCGACGAUCCCCCAAAGAUCACCGGGAGGCGUACUCGGUACCACACUCCCCACAAACACCCCCUCAGCAAGCAGGGGGUAACACAGAAAAGAGCCGAAGUUCUCUUGGGUUCCCAUUCAAGACGGACACACUUAACAAGCAUCGAGGUGGGGGAGUUGCAGGAGGAGGAGGAGCUGGAGACACAGAGAAACAAGCAGGAUCAAGUGGUACAGGAAGUCGUAAGUUUGGUUUGAAGUUGUUUCGUUUGAGUUUUAAGAAAGAUAGGGCCAAGCAGCUGGCUACCUUCUCUGCGCAGUUCCCCCCUGAGGAAUGGCCACUUCGUGAUGAGGAAGUGCCCAGUCAGCUGCCACGCCAUGUAGAAAUGGAGAUCAUACGUAGAAUCAACCCUGAACUUACUGUGGAGAAUCUUGCCCGACACACAGCAGUCAUGAAGCGUCUUGAAGAAGAGCGUGCUCAGAGGAGCAAAGCAUCAUCAGCCAAUCACAGCUCCCGGAGUAGAAGAAGUGGAGGUAGACACAGAAAGCAGUCUCAGACCAAACUCAGCCGCUCACAUAGUAAAACAAGGACUACCCGCUGUGAACCAAGUGACAGUUCCCACUUAGAACUAACUGACAGAGACUACAGAGGUUACUCCUCCUCACUAGCUCGGUCACCGAGGGAACAAGCAGUGGCCAUGGAACGGCAAAGGGCCCGACUUCACCUGGCGCAUAGCAACCCUAACAUUCUUGACUCAUCCCACCUGCCUGUUACUCCAGAGUGGGAUGUGUCUGGAGAGCUUGCCAAGCGUCGCACAGAAAUGCCUUUCCCUGAGCCAAGUCAUGGCCCAUCAGCCCACCAUUCUAAGGUUCACCGCUCACACUCCCACACCCAGGAGAGGAAAUCCAGAAAUGAACGCAGUGACAAGGCCAAGGAACGUUCCAGAUCCAUGGACAACUCUAAAGGACCACUUGGAGCUGGACUGAUUGGACCACCCAAUUAUUACGAUGACCGGAGCCGUUACUAUACUGAUGAUGGCACUCUGCGAGCUAAUCAGAGCUCUUCUCACUACUCUCAUGCCACACCCACCUCAACUAAGGUGCCUGGGGAUUCUCUAGGAUUGGAUGGUAGCAGGAACUUGGAGAAGAGUAAGAGCAGAGAUAGCCUUCCAGCAUAUUCACCAAAACCACUGCCUAGCUCUGUCUCUCCUGAUGAUUACUUCCAAUGUUCUGGAUCCUCUGAGGCUAUUCUCACAGCAUCAGCCCCUAUGGGAACUGUGGGCAAAAACAGUCAUGAUGGAGUAAAAUCAGGUAGUAUUGACAGGCAAACUGACAGACAGACAUCCCAUCCACCAGAAAAUGAGGACUUGCCUAAGGUGGGACCUAAGUGUGGCAGCCUGCCUCCAAUACCCCUCUCUUUUCCUGACCUUCCUCUUUCUAAUGGACGACCUCCCCACAGUACAUCCUCUAGUCAGGAGAAACGAAAGGAGAUCUUUAGUAAAGACACGCUCUUCAAACCUCCUCCUAGCCUCCCUUUGCCAGGUUACAGCUCCCUGAGAAAACCCACAGCCCUUGCCUCCUCAACUCUGUCAUCAUCCUGUGAAGUUCUUGAUUCCCAGGAGGUCUUUGAUACUCCUAAGCAUCUGUUGGCAACACCAUCUGUUCCAUCACAAGGGAUUGAGCCCACAUCCAGUGCUGCAGAUGCCACCUUUGACUAUUACAAUGUCUCAGAUGAUGAUGAACUUGAAGAGGGAGGGGCUAAAAGUCAAGGAGAGGAUGAGAAGCCUGGAGGAAGCAUUACUGUCAUGGGAGGAGGUGGAGCAGGGACCAUGCAAUGGCUUCUGGAAAGAGAAAAAGAGAGGGAUCUGCAGAGGAGGUUUGAAAGAACCCUUGCCUUCCCUGGUGCUAAAGAGAACCUUCCAGAGCCCAGUCAGAACCAGCAGUCAGCUCACUCUGCUAGAUUGGACAGUAUGGACUCCAGCUCAGUCACUGUUGACAGUGGAUUCAAUUCCCCACGAACAAGAGAAAGCUUAGCAUCCAACACCUCUUCAAUAGUGGAGAGUAACCGACGGCAGAACCUGGCAUUGAGCCCAGGCCACAUCAACAUCACUACUGGAAGCGGUCCUCCCUUCUCCUUCCGUGCCAUUCCAGAACCCGCUGGCACCCAACCAGAGAAAAUUCAGAAGCCCAGUGCCUGCCUUGCGUCAAUCACCAGUGUCUAGAGUUUGAACUAAGGGCUGGGCAUGGAAAGCCAGUGGACAGGGGCCAGAAAAACCCACCUGCAAGGACUGUUACAUAUUUGAACUGACAGACUGACUGGCAGUGGAGCUGUGACAAGUCCACUGUGAGCAUAACUCUUAACACACACAUGGACGGACACAGGAAGUUAGAUCCAGGAAACAGGUCUAUCUCUCACACAGAACUGCACACUCCAGGCUAUUGCACACUGUCAUUCUAUAGCCUCUAGUUUACACACUACAGCUUUUGUGUUAUUUCAUAUGAGUGAGUGAGUGAGUGAGUGAGUGAGAGAGAGAGAGAGAGAGAAAAUAGGGUAUGUUUGUAUAAUCUGUAAUCUCAGGUUAUCUCAUUUCCAUACCCAUUUGGCUGCUCAAGAUUAGUGAAUCCCCCCUCUAGUGGUGUCAACUUGUAUCGCACACUGAGGAGCUACAGUUGUGCUGAAUAUUGUUACGAGGGUACCUAGAUUUCAGUAACCAAUUCCUACUCAUUACCUGUCUUAAAUAAUAUUUGACUCUGGCGGACACUCUUUAAGAUGCACUGCCACAGGAAAUGUCAAUGAAGACCUUCAUUAUCUCUACAAAAUAUGACAACACAUAUGGGGUGAUUAGAAAGGACUGUUUUCAUUUCUUUUUUAUACAAGAAAUUUUCUGUGGAAUGAAUGUGAGCACUUCUUAAGUCUGUGAUGCCCAUCUGAACUCCCUGGCACUGUCGCCAGUUUUCUGUUCCUCAGACAGUAGGAAGGUUUGGUGCAGGUCCAGGGAUAAGAUUUAAAGACUGUUUAGAAUUUUAAUAUUUUUUCUGUUACCCCUCAUGUCCAUUAGAUGCAACUGCAAGUUUGCCAUUCCAACCACUG